GGUAACCAGAGCAGGUAGCCUGAGUGAAUGCCAGGACUGUGAUGAAUGAGUGCCAUCAUUGCAUUCAUAUUUGUUUGUCAUGAACAUCAAAAAGCACAUUUCAGGCUAUUUAUGAUUGAAAAUGGGAGUUGAUUUAGCCGUAUACAGAGUAAGAAUUGGGAAGUUUGUACAUAGAAACACUGAACAAGGCCUGUCUAAUAUAGUUUACCUGCUGAAAGCCAUUGCCAGUGUGAGACAAGAGAUAGUAAGGAUCUGUCGCUGGAAGGGAACAGUUUCCUUUAUUCAACUACUUCUUCUGGCACAGGGAGUGGAACCAAACCCGGGACCUCAAGUCAAGGAUGAACAGGCUGUUGCAGCUGGUGGCAGUGACCCUGACACAGUACAUGUAUCUAGAGAGACUUUAAGCAAAAUAGUUUCGGAUCUUGUCCAGGGUGGAAAAACAGAAACCAUGAUGUCUGCUCGUCCCCAGGGAGAGGCUUCUGGAAAAAUGAUGUCUGCUCGUCUCCAGGGAGAGGCUUCUGGAACAAUGCUGUCUGCUCAUCCCCAGGGAGAGGCUUCUGGAACAAUGAUGUCUGUUCGUCCCCAGAGAGAGGCUACUGGAACAAUGAUGUUGGCUCAUCCCCAGGGGGAGGCUACUGGAACAAUGAUGCCUGCUUGUCCCCAGGGAGAGGCUAUAUUGAUGCAAUAUCAGGAACAGAACAUUAGGAAAUUGAAUGUAUCAUUUCCAGGAGCAGAAACCGGUGUCCUUGAUGAUAACAACACUAUUAAUAUCACUAAAUCAGAGAUGGAUGAUGAAACCAAAGCCACGCUAAAAGAAUUCAACCAAACGGUUAAGACAAUGAACCAAUGGAAGCCACAGCAAAAGCCACUAGAAUCAUCUUCAACUCAAAGCAACAUCCCAACAAGUAAGGAAAGCAGUACAAGACAGACUAAACAUAGAAAGGAAGACAGAGAAGUGUCAGCCACACGGAAACACUUAGAAGGCAAGUAAAAUGAAAAUAUG